UUGUUGUUUUACAGCAUUAGGGAUGGAAGCAAGGCAACAUAUAUGUUGUACAAAGAUCGAAAAUCAAAGGAAAAAGUUGUUGAAUGUUAUCCGACAAACUUAAUUAGCGGCCUUAAAGAUGGUCUCCCCAGCACUUACAUUCCUUAUUUUCAUGACGACAAAAUUUUACGAAAAAUGCAAUAUCGACAACUUGGAAACACCAAUAUGUUCGUUUCAAAAGUGUCAUUAGGUUGUGGCCCUAUUGGAGGAAAUUUUGGUAAACUAGAAUCUUUAACCUCAGAACUGAUUGCAACAGCACUACUAAAUGGGAUAAAUCUAAUUGACACUGGAUACUGGUAUGGGCAGACGAGGUCAGAACAAAUACUUGGCAAGGCGCUUAGGUAUUUCCCUCGAAAAUCUUAUUUUUUAUCGGUGGUAGUUGGUCGUUUUGAACUAGAUUUUGCUCGAGCUUUUGACUACCGAGCCGACACUAUAUUACACUCACUAACUAGAAGCCUCAAAAGACUUCGCCUACCUUAUGCCGAUAUCUGUUUUUUGCAAAUCCAUGACACCGAAUUUGAAUUGCACAAGCGCGUCUUGUUAAAUGAAACUCUACCAGCCCUUAAAAUGGCUCAACGUUCCGGUAGAAUACGUCACAUCGGUUUAGUUGGAUAUUCGCUCAGAAAACUUGCAUACGUACUGGAGAAAUCUCCAGUCAACAUAGACGUCAUUAUGACCUUUUGCAGAGGAACAUUAAAUGACAAUACUUUGGGAGAAUUUUCCAAAAUUUUUGAAUCAAAAGGUAUUGGAAUAAUCAAUGCCUCACCACUGUCGAUGGGUUUGCUUACCACCCAGGGACCUCCGUUAUGGCAUCCAGCAUUACAAGCAGUAAAAGAUACUUGCGCUACUGCCGCACGUUACUGUACGGACAAAAAAGUGGCGCUAGAAAAACUUGCACUCCAUUACGCUGUAAACUUCCCUGGCAUUUCUACCUGUUGCGUUGGUAUGGCUUCAACAGAACAGGUACUUCAAGCCGUACAAAUCUCACAGACAGACAAAUUAACGGAAACUGAGCAACGUGUCCAGGACCGCUUGUUAAGAAGGUACUUUGAUCGACUACAGAAUGCCAGUUGGGAAGGGCUCGAUGUUGACCAGUAUUGGAAGCACCUAAAAGAACUGGGCCUAACGUCACUUGGGACUACACGAACUCUUUCCGUGGAGAGCGUUAGCUCAAGGCUAACGACUUUCUCCUGUCGAUACCCAUUAUAA